AUGGCCGGUCUGCGUCACCUAUCUGCGCAGGCACGAAAAACACCACUUUCAAAAUUUCCACGAUUCUCAACUUCGUCGAGAAAGUCUGGCUAUGCUGAUACUCUUCCCAAUCUCAAGAUCGGGGCACAUACAAGUGUCUUGUUUCAAGGCUUCACAGGUCGACAGGCUACUGCGAAUGUGAAAGAAUCCCUAGCAUGGGGUACUAAGAUCGUUGGAGGCGUGAAGCCUGGCGUGGAGGGUGAGCACCUGGGACUCCCAGUGUUUCCCUCCGUGCGAGUGGCCCAAGAAAGGGCAAAGCCCGACGCAUCUGCCAUUUACGUCCCCGGGAACCAGACGGCAAAGGCUAUCGAGGAGGCCAUCGAGGCGGAAAUACCGCUUGUCGUCGCGGUGGCUGAACAUGUUCCUAUCCACGAUAUGCUCCGGGUCCAUUCUAUCCUCCAAACGCAGUCCAAAACUCGUUUGGUUGGAGCCAACUGCCCCGGAAUCAUCUCUGCAAUUGGCAAGUGCCGGAUAGGCUUCCAGCCUUUGCCCUGCUUCUCGCCUGGGAAGAUCGGUAUCGUUGCUAAAUCAGGGACGCUGAGCUACGAGACCGUCGCUUCGACGACGCGCGCGGGCCUGGGACAGAGUCUGUGCAUCAGCAUGGGCGGCGAUGUCCUGGCGGGGACGAACUUUGUCGAUGCCCUGAAGAUCUUUGAGGAGGAUCCAGACACGGAAGGCAUCAUUUUGGUGGGCGAGAUUGGUGGGACCGCGGAAAUGGAUGCUGCCGAGUGGAUCACGGAUUACCACAGGAGGACUGUUAAUCCAAAGCCCAUCAUGGGCCUUGUGGGUGGGCGAGAGGCUCCUCCCGGGCGAGUCAUGGGCCAUGCCGGCGCUUGGGUUGCUCCUGGGGAGCCAGACGCCGAGACCAAGUACAAGGCUCUAGAAAACGCGGGGGUAACGAUGGUUAACCAUCCAGAGAAAUUCGGGGAGGAAAUGAAGGCGCUGCUGUCCCGCCGCGUCAGGACGAGUGAUGCCACACCCUUCGAUCCCAGCGGGUCAAGAAGAGGCGUGCAUACAUUGCGUCGUGUGUCACACCCUGUCCCUCGCGCAUCUUUGGAGCGAAUGCAGAAGCGGUCUCUCUACAUCAAGGAAUAUCAAGCUCUGGAGAUGUUGAAGCAGAAAGGAAUACCUUUCAAUGAACGAUCGCCUUCAGAGUCCGACGCUCUUCUAUCGGUCACCGUGGAUAGAACAGCAUUGUCGCCUUGCAUCAUUGCAUCGGGGAACCCGACUUCUGACCCCGCUUCUUCCGCUACGUUUCCAUUUGCCUACUCAACUCCUGAGUUGAGUAGCACACAUUCGGCCAUUGAGGCCGUUGCCUCCCAUCUUAAUCUUCCAGAAACAGCACGAGGGGGGCUGGCCAAAUUGGCACAGGCUCUGUGGCAAAUCUACAAGGAGAAAGAAGCCUACGUGCUCGAAGUACGAAUCAAUUUCGCUAGCGAGGACAUAGAAGUGCGCGGUGCGCACUUCGCCUUCGACGACGCUGCGUUCCGAAGCUCCGGGCGUCAAGAAGAUGUACACCGACUGCGGAACAAGGAGGAAGAGGUACCCGAGGAGGUGGAAGCGGAGAAAGACGGGAUUGUCUACGUCAAGCUACAGGGAGAGGGAAGCAUCGGAACCCUAGUGAAUGGAGCGGGUCUGGCGAUGAACACGGUGGACGCCUUAUCCAUCCACGGCGGCCACUGUGCCAACUUCCUGGACACGGGGGGCAAAGCCACCUCCGAGACGGUCAAGUCGUCCUUUCGCAUCAUCCGCUCGGAUCCCCGAGUCAAGGCCAUCUUUGUCAACAUCUUCGGCGGGCUGACUCGAUGCGACAUGAUUGCCGAUGGCAUCAUUAUGGCCUUUCGUGACCUGGAGAUGACUGUCCCAGUGGUGGUUCGAUUGCGAGGGACGAACGAGGAGAUUGGGCAGAAGAUGAUCGCUGAUAGUGGGCUUCCGUUGCAUGCAUUUGACAGCUUCGAAGAUGCCGCUAAGAAGGUGAUCAGCCUGGCAGGGAGUUCCUGA